AUGCUUCUUACGACUAUCUUUCUUACUCUCGGCUCGUUUCUUGCUUCUACGGACGGAGCUGCGCUCCAGUCCCGGGCCUCACGACCGCCGCCUUCGCCCUCUUUGACACCACUCAACGCGACUAGUACUGCAACGCCGCCGCCGACCCCCGUGUCUCAAGCCAUGACGGCUCACACCGCAAGCUCUAAUAAGCCGAUGCUUAUGAACCUGCUUGGGUUGAAGCGUCAGGAAGACGCCGAGCCUUCGGACACACGCCCGACGCCCGAUCCGACCGGCGAGCCAUCCGACACGACAACCGUGCACAUCAGCAGUCAGGCAGACUUCUCUCUCUUACUUCCUGGAAGGCAGGGAGAACUGGUAUCCGAUGCCGAAGCAGAUGGUGUAUCGUUCUGUUCUACUGAAAGCACGGAUCCUGGAUGCACCAACCGCCAGAAAGUACAGGAUGGCUUCAUCACAGCUGCCGCUUAUGCCGCGGACCCAGAUGGCGCUUGGAUCCAGGUUACGGGCUGCAUCGACCCAAGCAAGAGCACACUCGACCCGAGCGACGCCGGCGGACAGAUGGAUGUCCGCUUUCCUAAUGGCGCUCAGUGCACAUUCGGCGGCUACGGCGCGAGCUUCAUUGAACUUGUCGAGCCUGCCCUCAACCGCUUCUGCAUCCGCUGCUGUCGUGAUAAGAACGACCAGACCAACUGCAACUCUCACCGCGACCGUCUAGGCUGCGAAACCGCCAUCCCAGGAACCUACGACUUCCCUGAAGCCGGCAUCAGCUGCUCGUAA